UCUUAUAGAUGUGGCAACGCUAACAUUCCCAUUGAAAAAUUUUUAUGUUUUGUCACUUCAAUUCGAACUGAAUUAAAAUUAAUAAAAAAUGAGUAUCACUGUAGAUCCACGUCGGAAAGAGAAGAUCGUGCGCUAUAAGGCACCCAAGAACCAAGGACAAAGCGGUGGUGCCAACGAGGACAUGAUGCCGGAUUAUAUGAAUAUUCUGGGCAUGAUUUUCUCCAUGUGUGGCCUGAUGAUGAAGCUCAAAUGGUGCGCCUGGUUUGCUCUUUACUGCUCCUGCAUCAGUUUCUCCAGUUCACGCGCCAGUGACGAUGCCAAACAGGUGCUCUCCUCCUUCAUGUUGAGCGUGAGUGCUGUGGUCAUGUCAUAUUUGCAAAAUCCUGCUGCCAUGACUCCUCCGUGGGCAUCAUAACGCAUUAAUAAAUAAAUAUUGAUUUGUUGCGAGUUUAAUGAAUGGAACUUUAUUAUACUCCAAAAAUCAAAUGACAGUUGCAUGGGUGUAGACAGUUUUUAAAUAAAUUAAUAACAGAAGAUUUGUAGAAAA